AUGGCCGAGCGGCGCGGGCCGGCGGUGAGCGGCGGCGGGGAAGUUGGCAGCGGCCGGUGCCCGCGGCUGCCGCUGCUGCUGGUGCUGCUGUGGGCGGCGGCGCUCCCGGCCGGGGGGCAGCUGCCGGCGUCGCAGUACAACGGCGAGCGGGGCAUCUCCAUCCCUGACCACGGCUACUGCCAGCCUAUCUCCAUCCCUCUCUGCACUGACAUCGCCUACAACCAGACCAUCAUGCCCAACCUGCUGGGCCACACCAACCAGGAGGACGCGGGGCUGGAAGUGCACCAGUUCUACCCGCUGGUGAAGGUGCAGUGCUCGGCCGAGCUCAAGUUCUUCCUGUGCUCCAUGUACGCGCCGGUGUGCACCGUGCUGGAGCAGGCCCUGCCGCCCUGCCGCUCCCUCUGCGAGCGGGCUCGCCAGGGCUGCGAGGCCCUCAUGAACAAGUUCGGCUUCCAGUGGCCCGACACGCUGCGCUGCGAAAAGUUCCCGGUGCACGGGGCUGGCGAGCUCUGCGUGGGGCAGAACGCCUCCGAGCGCGGCACCCCCACGCCCGCCCUGCGGCCCGAGAGCUGGACCAGCAACCCGCACCGCGGGGGCGCCGGCGGCGGCGCCGGGGGCCCGGGGCCCGGCGAGCCCCGCGGGCGCUUCACCUGCCCGCGGGCGCUGAAGGUGCCCUCGUACCUGAACUACCGCUUCCUGGGAGAGAAGGACUGCGGGGCGCCCUGCGAGCCCGGCCGCCUCUACGGGCUCAUGUACUUCGGGCCCGAGGAGCUGCGCUUCUCCCGCACCUGGAUCGGCAUCUGGUCCGUGCUCUGCUGUGCCUCUACCCUCUUCACCGUCCUCACCUACUUGGUGGACAUGAAGCGAUUCAGCUACCCCGAGCGGCCCAUCAUCUUCCUCUCAGGCUGCUACACGGCGGUGGCCGUGGCCUACAUCGCCGGCUUCCUCCUGGAGGAGAGGGUGGUCUGCAACGAGCGCUUUGCCGAGGACGGCUCCCGCACCGUGGCGCAGGGCACGAAGCGGGAGGGCUGCACCAUCCUCUUCAUGAUGCUCUACUUCUUCGGCAUGGCCAGCUCCAUCUGGUGGGUCAUCCUCUCCCUUACCUGGUUCCUUGCUGCUGGCAUGAAGUGGGGCCAUGAGGCCAUUGAGGCCAACUCCCAGUACUUUCAUCUGGCCGCCUGGGCCGUUCCGGCUAUCAAGACCAUCACCAUCCUUGCCCUGGGACAAGUGGAUGGCGACGUCCUCAGCGGCGUCUGCUUUGUGGGCAUCAACAACGUGGAUGCCCUGAGGGGCUUCGUGCUGGCCCCCUUGUUCGUGUACCUGUUCAUCGGCACCUCUUUCCUGCUGGCUGGCUUUGUGUCCCUCUUCAGGAUCCGGACCAUCAUGAAGCAUGACGGCACCAAGACAGAAAAGCUGGAGAAGCUCAUGGUGAGGAUAGGCAUCUUCAGCGUCCUCUACACGGUGCCGGCCACCAUCGUCAUUGCCUGCUAUUUUUACGAGCAAGCUUUUAGGGAACAGUGGGAGAGGAGCUGGGUCACGCAGAGCUGUAAGAGUUAUGCCAUUCCCUGCCCCAACAAUCACAGCGGCCACCACCCGCCCAUGAGCCCCGACUUCACUGUCUUCAUGAUCAAGUAUCUCAUGACCUUAAUCGUGGGCAUCACAUCGGGCUUCUGGAUCUGGUCUGGGAAAACCCUGAACUCCUGGAGGAAGUUUUACACCAGGCUCACCAACAGCAAGCAGGGCGAGACCACGGUCUGAGACCCCUGCUUGCCAGGCUAGGGAGAUGCGGGCAGGCGGAGGACUGAGGCUCUGCCUGGGGAAGCAGCUCCUUAUCCAGCCUGGGCAAACUUUUGGGACUGCGAGUGGCUUCCGCAGGCGGCGGGGAGAGGAGGACGAGCUAGGGGGACCCCAGUGCUGGGAUCUCCGGGCUCUGCCCGCCCCGUGCUGCUCGGGCUGUCUCCUGUAGGAGCUGAACGCACUGUCAGGUUGGGGGAGAGGGAUGUAAAUAGCCUCUGUAAGAUUUUGUAAGUAUAUUUGUAUUUAAAUUACAAAAAAAACUCACUU